CAUAAAGACCUCGAGAGGGGAACUAGAAGUGGAGCAGGAUGAGCAGGUUGCUUGUGUCCUAUUUUGUUCUAGUGCAUAUUACCUUAGAUGUAGUUGCUCAGUCGGUGGCCUCUCAGCCUGAUCAAGUUAUCAUUUCAAAGCCAGGUGACAAUGUCACAGUGAAAUGUAUCACACCAAAAGGCAAGAGUCCGUAUUUAUUUUGGUAUCAGCAGAGAAUGGGGCAGAUGUUGCGGAUCAUUUGUGUGGCACAGUCAAAUACAGAUCCUCAGUAUUACAAUGAGUUUAAAAACUCACACUUCUCAAUUGAGCGAAUGGAGGGAGCCUUUAACCUGGAAAUCAGAAACAGCACUUGGUCAGACGAAGCCAUGUAUUACUGUGGAAGCAAAAAACCAAACGGGCUCAUUGACUUUGGAAACGGAACUUUUGUAAGAAUAAAAGAUGACACACAGAUGACCAACAACACUGUGGCAGUGAUCCAAAGCCUGACCUCAGAUUCAACUCAUCCAGCACACUCCGAACCUCUUCAGUGUGCAGCAGUCAGAGAGACCGGAACAGAAGAGCUCAGUUUGUUCUGGUUCGGACCAGCUACAAGAGAAUCCCCACCAGGACUUAUCUCUACCUACAGAAACAGCAGUACUUGUGAGACUAGAUCCUUGUUGGGUUGCAUGCAUGAACAGGCCACAAGCAAUGACAGCAAUGCUGCAACCUGCCACUGUGCUGUUAACAAAUGUGGACAAAUGCUGUUUGGGAAUGAAACACCAAGUCAAGCUGAAAGUUCUGUGGACUACAUCAUUCAUGCACUUGGUGGGGCAAUAUGCCUCUGUGCCAUGCUGGACGUUGUUCUUAUUUAUAGUUAUUGCAAAAAGAAAGCAUGCGUGAAUUGCCAAGGACAGUCUUCUAUGCAUGUCCAGACAAAUGCAUGCUUGAGCAGAGAGGCCUCUCAUCAGAAAGACGAGAGUUACACAGUGCUGCAUUUCUCACAGAGAGCAACACCAGGAAACCGCCAGAGAACAGAACCCUUUCAGCAGAGUGUGUAUUCAGAUGUCCGAGGCUAGCAAUGCUAAACACACACUUGAAGAAUAUUCACCACUUCUUCACCAUUACACCUAAACUAUCUUCACAUGUUAAGCUGAACAAUAAUGACAAGUUAUUGGAAUAGGCAGGCUGACAAUUUGUGACUACUGAUUGUUGAAUGAUAAAUAUAACAUUGAUUAGGCAGCCAUCUAAUGUUUAUUAUUAUCUGUAGUAGUAUUAUUUCACUGAAUUGUUUAAUUUGUCUUUGGAAUGUUGAUGUGGUAGAUGUAUAUUUUCCAUGUGCUAUUAAUAAAGAAUUCUUUUAAAAUUCA